AUGAACGCAACUGAAGAACCGCUUCCUCCUGGUUGGGAUGCAAGAUAUAAUCGUCACUAUUUUGUUGAUACGAAAACGGGAGUACCCCAAUGGGUAGAUCCUCGCAAGAACGCUAAUGCGUCGCACAGAUCUUCUACAGCAAGUUCGGUAACCUCUUCAACCGGAUCCACACCAGUGAUGCAUAAUCAAUCUAUUCCCGCUCGAUCGGGCUCCCCGGUUGGGCAUACGGAUACCUCAGUAAUUUCCAACGGAGCGAGUAAAAAUAUGAAUGUCAAUAUGUCACAUAUAUGUGCUCAGACCGAAAAUUUAAGCAUAACAGACUCGAGAUCGUCGCAAGUGUCUACUACGAGUUAUCAAUCUUACAAUGCACUCGUUACGACAGAAAAAUUGAAUCAACAGGCGACUCCGGGCUUUGCAAUGCCACAACAGACGACUAUGCCAACGCAAACGACAAAUCAGCCGACUACAAUGCCACAACAGAUGACGAACCCAUCGCUCACAAUGCCGCAACAGGCAUCACCACAGCAAAUGACGAACCCAUCGCUCACAAUGCCGCAACAGACAACAACACCACAGCAGAUGACGAACCCAUCGCUCACAAUGCCGCAAGCGCAUACAGGUCAUGCAUCAAACACUAGUUCACCUGACUCAGCGCAUGCAGCGAUGGGCUGGCGGACUCCUCAUCACGCUGCGAGUAUACCAGGGAUCAGCUCGUCUGAAUCAGUGCGACCGCCAAUGAACCGGCAUAGUACAUCGCCAGCAGAUAUAAACGCUGGUCAUAACACUCAACCGCCGCCGCCCGUACCAUCGACAAAUGCAACUCCUGCACAACCUGUGGCUGCUUACCCAGUAACACCAAAGACCGCCGCUCCUGGAGGAAUAGUUUCUCCUAAUGUUCCCGUUGCGCCUGCCACAGGACAGACACAGUAUGUUCUUCGUACAGAUGCAAAUGGAAAGAAAUACUACGUUCCAGUUCAACUACAAACCGCUGUCAAUAAGAAUCCCCAAGUGGUGCCUGCUGGCCAGCCAGUUCUUAUGAAUGGUAAAAUUGUAUAUUUAAAUCAACAAGUUCAGCAGCAAGUUCGACCAGGUCAACCAGUGCAGGUUCGACAAGUUCAACAAGUUCAACAAUAUCAAACGCAGCAGCAAAUGUACAAUCAACAACAAAUGACAAAUUUCCAGCAGAAAUUCCUGAGUGUGGGGAAAGAGGUUGGGAAAGUUGCUGCUAAACUUGCUAUUGCUAGUAACGUGCUACAUACGGUACUUCAAGCUUCACAUCACAAUUCGCAGCAAAAUUCGCAGCAAGAUUCGCAGCAAAAUUCGCAGCAAGAUUCGUCACAACAAUCUGAUAAUUCAGGAGGCUUUAACUUUGGUGAUAUGAUGGGCAAUGUCGGUGAUUUUACAGAUAACUUUAAUAUCGGUGAUAUUACAGAUAACUUUAAUAUCGGCGAUAUUGACAUUGGUUCGAUGUUCUCGGGGGAUAAUUGA